UUUUUUGUAAGGUAGAUAAUCUGAAGGAUUAUGAUAAAAUAACAACAAUGAAGGUUUUCACAGAAGCUCCAACAUGUGUUGAUACUCAGUAUGGGACUGGACGAGUAGGCGACACAUCAAUCGUAAGAUGUAAUCCUGGUCAGGUGGGGAGCAGGACUUUUGUCUGUCAGCAAACAGGGUGGAUGCUUUCGGAGGACACCUGCAUCGUAACAGCAAUCCAAGAAUUGUUCGUUGUUUCAACGAAUUUGAAUAAGGAGGAAGUACCAGACUUUGUGGGGAAUCUAAGUAGCACGGUCACAAAAGAAAGAGACAAAAUAGCAACGUCAUCUGCAACCAUAUCAGCUAUCGUUGACAUCCUAAACAACAUUGCAAGUGUUUCCACUGGUGAUGUCACUGCAACUGUCAUGGAGAAUGUACUUGAAACAGUUGAUGUCAUCAUUGGUAGUGAAUCAAGACAGUCCUGGACAUUUCUGAAUGCAAAUAGAACCAGCAGUGCCAGCUCAGCACUACUGAGUUCAAUGGAGUCCCUGUCUGAUAGGUUGGUAGGGGAGAUUGCCUUCGAGACUCCACGGAUCUUGCUCAACAGAACCAUUACGUUUAACAACUCCUUUACGGCCAAUCUGAACAACAGCAUUUUCAUAAAAGUUCCAAACAUCAACAAUAAUGUCUUUUUCACCACCAUCACCUUCUCCACCCUUGAUAAUGUUAUGCCAGCACGGAACUCCAGCUUUGACGCCAUCCGCUUCAACACCACCAGCAAUUACACUGUCACAGAUAAUGCAAUAAACGCUGCUGUGGUGCUAGUCAAAACAAAGGCAACAGUUAAGAAUGUUAAUCUGAGCUUCAACAAGCUUAACAGUUCCCUGUUACUAAACGCACAGUGUGUCUUCUGGAACUUCACACUCUUUAAUAAUUUGGGAGCUUGGGAUGACGAGGGUUGUACGUUUGUUUCCGAUAUAAACAACAUUGUAACCUGCAGCUGCAACCAUCUCACCUCAUUCUCAAUUCUGAUGGCAACAGACAUCCCUCCAGAACUGAGAGAAGCCUUGGAUAUAAUCACUUAUUUUGGAGUUGGGAUAUCUAUGGCAAGCUUAGUUAUAUGUCUCAUUAUUGAAGGAUACGUGUGGAAAGACGUUACUAGAAAUAGCACUUCCUUCAUGCGCCAUGUUUCCAUCAUUAACACUGCCCUGUCUCUGUUGAUUGCUGACAUCUGUUUCAUCAUCGGGGCUUCUAUUGCCAAGAACCCCCUUGAAAACCCAGGGGGGGACUAUAACGUUCCAGUAGGACCAUGCAGCACAGCAACAUUUUUUAUGCACUUUUUCUACCUUGCUCUGUUUUUUUGGAUGCUUGUGUCAGGCCUUCUGCUCUUUUACCGCACGGUCAUGGUCUUCUCCCACAUGUCCAAGUCAAUCAUGCUGGCCAUCGGCUUCUUAUUAGGCUACGGGUGCCCUCUGAUUAUAGCUGUUAUUACUGUUGCUGUCACAGCACCAGGGAAUGGAUACAUCAGGGCAGACAAUGCUUGCUGGCUCAACUGGAUUCAGACACAUGCCCUGCUGGCCUUAGUGAUACCUGCCUUGACUAUAGUUUUCAUCAACAUUAUAAUCGUGAUCGUGGUAUUAUUCAAAAUGCUGAGAAGAGGUGUAGGAGACGCCACCCAAAGAGAUGAAAAGCAAACGCUGGUGGUCAUUGUCAGGUGUUUAGCCAUUUUGACUCCUUUAUUUGGACUGACCUGGGCUUUGGGAGUGGGAACCAUGAUAUCAUCAACAAAUAAGGGAAUCCACAUUGCUUUUGCAUUCUUCAAUUCACUACAGGGUUUCUUCAUUUUAGUGUUUGGGACACUAUUCGAUUCAAAGAUCCGUUCUAUCCUCUCAAGAAAAGUACCUACACCAAGCACAGGCUCAAAUACAACAAGAAGUACAAGUGGAGGCAUUUCCUCUCUCAGUGGCCUAAACUGGAUAAAUCGACUGCGUGGAAGAAGAUAUAUCUAUCGUGUGUCAGAAGCUGCAAACUCAAGCAGCACUGGUGCAUCGGAGUCAUUUGUCAAUAUCUGAAUUCACGAAUCAAACUGUUCACAUCAAAUUUAUUUAAUUACUGAUUCAAAUAUAUAUAUGA